GACCGGGCGCGCUGGUUCCAGGACAUGGCUUCGCAGGGCACUUGGGCAUCUCUCACACGGCUCCGCCGCGGCCGGAAAGUCGCGCAGACGAGGCUGCAGCAGGAGGGCGAGGCGCCGGUCGGGACCGAGGACAGGGCGGCAACCUUUGCAAAAUAUCUGGAGACCGUGCAGUGGCACGUGCGCCCGGUGUCCGUGUUGGACGACGCACCAGAAGCGACCUGCAGCCCAUUUGAUAUUCGCGACGGGAAUUUUUCAUCUACAGAACUCCGCAAGGCGAUCAACAGAAUGGCCAGCGGAAGACGUGUGAAGCCCGACGACGCCCUGAUCGAACUCCUUACGGUCCUGGCGGCGGCCGCUGGGGAGGACCCCCAGCCCUUGCUUGACGUCGUGAACAUGUGCGCGUCCGCGGCGUACAUAUCUGGGAACCUGGCAGACAUCGCCUGCGCCGACGACGCGCUGGUAGUGGGGGCAGCUACCGCGCGCGUCCAAGAGUUUGUCCAAGCAAUCUCCAAGGCCGGUCAGGCCUACGGUCUCGAGCUCCACGUCAAAAAGUUCCAGCUGCUACAGACAGCGCGCCUGACGCGGCGAGACGGCGAAAAGCCAGUUCGGGCCAUGCAGCGCCUCGGGCGUCAGGCGCCCACUGUGGUGCCCGCUCAGUGCCUGGGCGGCGCCAGCACCCUGCUGGGCUCCUUCAUCCUGGCGGAGCGGUGCCAGUUGGAGGCGGAGAGCUACUGGUCGGACGGGGAGCUCAGCAACGUGCAGGCGGUCGUCAACGCCACGCACGACAGGCAGCCCUACCACUACCCACGCACGGCGAAAAGCCAGGUGGGUCAGUGGGUCGUGGUGGACGCCCGCGGCAACGAGCUCGCGAACAACCGCGUGCUCGACAGGGAGACGCCGGGGAUCCUCGAGGUUCUCCGCCGCGGAGGGGACGUGCUGGUUCACUGCAACCAGUCGUUCCACAGGGGCCCCGUGACGUGCGCGGCCCUUUUCAGGUCGCCGACCCGCGGCUCCACUGAGGCCGCCUCGCCGCCGCAGCCGCCGCCACAGAAGGCCGCGCCGCGGCCGCUGCGGUCAGCGCUGCGCGUAUCGGCGAGAAGCCAGGCGCAGGGCAUUCUGAACGUCCACAUGGGCUCCGAUACGGGGCCCGCGGAGUCGUUCAAAAGCGCCGCGACGGAGCCGUGCGCGCACCUCAACGACAACAAGUGGCUGUACAGGGUCCUUCGGCGCGGCGAAAAGCCAGUGGCGCUGCGCCAACCAAAGGACUUCGGCUGCUUCAGCCACGGCGAGUUCCGCGCCCUCCUGCUUCAGUCGGUCGCCUUCGGCAACGACCCCGCGCAGCCGUCGUGCUCCCUGCGCGCGACGAUGCGCUUGCCGAAGGCUUGGUCCCUUCGCAACGAGCGGGCCCACUUGUACUCCAACUGGUUGGUCCGUUUCCCGAUGGAGAUGGACGGUGUCACGGUCGUUGACCUGACGAGCUACCGUUCGGCAGGCAAGUACCUCAACGACGCCGCAGGCGACAGCGCGUACAUCCGCCAGUGCCUUCAGGUGGUGCGCGGCUACGCGGCCAAGGACCAGGAGGUCGUUCUUUUGCAGCGCCCCCCGCUCGAGCUCAUCGAGUGGUGGUCCGAGGCGGAGGGCCGCUGGCGGCCCGCCACGGACCUCGUCGACGCAGGGGCGUGCAGGGACGUCAUCGGCGAGAAGGGCGGCCAGAAGGGGCAGGGCGUCUCUGGCAAAGGAAGGCCGCUGGGGGCGGCAGCGAAGGCGCGCUGGGACCGCUACAACAGCUGGACGGGCCCCAAGGGGAAGGACGCGGCCAAGGGCGACCGCGGCAAGGGCGGCGACGCGAGCAAUCCGGGGCAGAUGUCGGCGACAAGCCUGGUCAUCCUGAUGGCUUGGGCGCAGUGGACUUUGUGGGAUUUCGGCACGAAGCAGAUCUGCCACAACUCUAUCACGGGAGAGCACAAGGUCGUCUACGGCAACGGAGCCGUCUUCGCGGACGGGCCCUUCGCGGAGUUGAUUCCGCACCCCGACGACCAGGACGUGGCCUUGCUCCUGGGGCCUGGUGACGACGAGACGCGCCCCUUGCACACUUUGGACGAGUGUGGCGCACACACGCCCACGCCGCAACAACGAGGAGGUUUCCCAGACUGGAAAACAGCUCGACUUGAUACGUCGGCUGGGGAGGAGGGAACCGCGUGGGUCUCAGAGUUGCAGUCCAAUUGCGAGACGGUGGCGCUCGAGCUCCCUGGCCCCAAGCCCGUGCGGCUGCUGUUCACGAAGUACGAAGCGCCAGCGCGUGUCGGCGACGAGCCAGUGAGCCUCUGGGUGGAUUUCGGGAGAUUGGCCGACUAUGUCCUCCGCCCUUUUCCGUCUGCGGCGGGCCGCGCUCGCGAAGACUUCGAGCACUUCGGGAAUGCGCGCUCAUGCUGUACCAAGGCUGGGCUCCACGAAGACCACUUCCGAGACUCAGCCCGCGCCUCGCGCAAGCGAGAGGCCCCCGAGACCGAGGAGGACGAUGGCCCAAAGGCGGUCCCCGCGGAACUCGCCGCCGAGGCCCUCUCUGGAGAUCACGAUUGGCAGGUGAGCGUGAGGGGCGUGAUGUUCUGGCUGUGGAACUCCAUUUCCAGGGGGUACGUGACCAAGGUCCCCGACAAGAAGCUCCAAGGUGCGCAGGUUGAGCGGGCGAAGACCUUGCUUCACAGGAUUCUCGGGUGGCCACUAUAUCACGGCGACCAGCCUGAGUCGAUCGCCGUGCACUCCAGGACGGCUGGCUGCGUGACGGUCUUGCACGAAGGUGUCGUGGACAAGGGCGAGAUGACGUCUUCCGAGGCCGAGUCGCGCCAGGGGAGUCGUGCCUGCGUGAUGAGGAUCAGCGACCACAUGGUGGACGGCGACGCGCGGCUCGUGGACUUGGUGGCCCACUUGGGGGAGCACGUGACAGCCCGAGGAGGACGUGGCAGACUCCGCGGGACAACGAUGCUGGAGGUGGUCGAUGCGUGGAGGGACGCCCUGUUAGACCACGUGGUGCUUCUGUGGGAGGUCUCAGGGACGGACCAGCGCUGGCGCGACCUGAACCUCCUCGGUCUCGGCGUGCGCAAAGGAGCUGCAGGGCGAUCGCGGGAAGUUCUGGCAUCGUACCUAGGUGCGUUGAGCGUGGCCAAGCGGAACGCCGUCGGCUCGGGCGUUCGGUCAGCGAGCCAACUCGUGGUUGGCAUGGGCGCCGCGCUGGGGCCAGCGGCGCCUGUGCAGUCCGCCCGUGAGCGCAAGCAGAAGAGGUCCAAGAUGGACAAGGAGGAGAGGGCGGCGAUCAGCCUGAGCAGCCUGCAAGUACUCGACGAAACUGGCGUGGAGCGCGUGCUCACGGACGAGGCCGCCGAGAAGGCUGGCAGGCACAUGAGUCAGAUGUCGGAUGCCUUCUUCGCCGAGCCCGAGGGCCUCCUGGCAGAGAAGAGGAAGCAGAACGCGAAGCUGCUGCGAAAGCAGCCGCGCGUGGCGUCCAAGAAGUUCGUCCUCCGCGUGGACAGGUUCAUCGAGAUGUACGCAGACAUUGGCCUGGAGCAGUUUCAGAAUCUGCCCGCCCUCGAGAAGCUGGGCCUGCUGACGGCAGCGCGGACAGGGCAGGCACUCCCAGGACCGCUGGCCGCACCCCUGCCGGACGACCUGCAGAUCCCGUCGCUGGCGAUAUGUUCUGACCAGGAGCAAGUCCAGAUCACCGGUGCCGAAUUCACAUUCGCCCCACAGCCCCAAGGCCUCGCCUGCACGGGCGUUCGCCUCGCGGACGAGUUCCACCGCUGGCACAACGACCUGUCGAUGGCGAUAAGCCUGAGCGGCCUGGCCCCUGUCGUCCAGGCAGGCACUCUGGUCUUCAACAUCGGGUACGGCCCGUGGCAGAGCCACGCGUUCUUCCACCAGUUGUGCGCGGAGGCAGGGCGCGCGGGGGCGGCCCUGAGCGCAGACUCGCAGCUGGCUCUCCGGUUCUGGCCGCGGCGGAAGGCAGACCUUGAGGACGACGGCGACCAGCCAGACCAGGCGGCAGCGAGGAAGGAAUGGUUGCGUGGCCUGCCUCGUGAAUUUGACAUCAUGGGGGCCAAGGUGGCGCCGUCCAAGUGGAUGUCCUUCUGUGAUGCUGGAUUUGAGUGGUCGAAGAAGCUGGCGAGCCGCUCUCUGACCAUGGCGUCUCUCUGCAUGCACAAAGGGUGGAUCGUCGCUUCGGAGGACCUGUUCGCCAGCACGCGCCUCCUCAACGUCGGCGACGGCGUUAAGCCAGCGCCCAAAUCAAAGGCUGAGGCUGUGAAGUCCGCGAAGGACAAGUUGGAGCAUCUGAAGGCGAAGACGCAGAACACCGUGGUCACUGCUACCCGUCUCCUGUGCGACGACGACGUCGUCGCCGGUUUGCGGCUGGUCCUCCAUGCCGCUGAGGCUCAGCAUAUCGCCUUCGGAAAACUGACGAAAGACUUUACCAGCACCGAGGGCACUCUGAAAGUGUGUCUGGGGUGGGCCCGCCAGGAGUGGUUAGACUUCUUGAAGAAGACACUCAAGUGCAUGGACAACUCCGCGGGCCUCAAGCGUUGCGGCUUCAUCGUCAACAUGACCGCUGCCAUGCACCACGGCGCGAAGCCAGCGGAGGGGGCCUUGAAGUACCAGGACGCACUAGCUCACAGACUCGGGAUCCUCGUGGAAAAGAUUGUCGCCCUGCGGGCAGGGUCCUUGGCAAUGCGUUCUUUCUACUACCCUGGAAAACUGGCGGGUCUGCUGUCGACGGAGCAGGACGAGUUCGAUUCGUGCAUGGCAGAAUUUCAAAAGGACGUGCGCGCCUGGUGGGCAGCGCAGCCCUUUUACCUGUGGUGCAUUGGACUUGCGGCGAAAAGCCAGUUCGGUGCUCUGCCAAGAGCGUUGGAGGAGCUGUUGAAGUCCACUUUCACCGGCUGGUGCCAGACUCGCGUGUGCGAGAAAGCCAACAAGGUGCUGCGCGACCAAGAAACCCUCACGACCAGCAACAAGGGGCACGCAGGUGUCACACAUGACAAGUACUCGUGUCCCCCGCAGACGGUGUCGAGCAUGGCGCAGUGGGACACCCUGGUCAGGAACGACGUCAUCGGGGAAUUCGAGCGCGCGGAGGUGGAGGCGUUCACGAAGGUGAACCUGAAGGACGACGCGGAGAUGAAGGCAUUGUUCCAGGAUGCUCAGGCGACAAGCCGCCUGGCGCCAGUUGGGGCAAAACCUCAGGCGAAGGCCCGUGCCCAGGCGCGGAACGCCCUCCUGGAGCAGACGGACAAAAUCAGGGACGAGAGCAAGUUCAAAGCAUUCAAUCCUGCGAGCGAACAGAAUUUAUGCGCGGAGUUGCAGUUCCUGCGCGUGCUUCACGAGGGCGACCUGUGGGAGAAGGCGAACGACUGCUGGGUGACUGGGUUCCUGCCGCCAGGCGGGCUCGUCCGUAUCAAGUCCACCAACGAGACGCUGUUCGUCCUGAAGACGUACUGGUGCUCCGCGUUGUGCUGGCCGGCCGAGCGGGAGGGCGAGGGCGUGCGGCGAAAAGCCAGAGGGUGUGCGUCACUCGUUUGGCGCACCGUCUUCGACGCCGACGACGUGGAGGUAUUUCCCGCCCAGUGGAAAUCUCCUGUGCGCAUGUUCUUGGAGCUCUCGUCCCCUGAGGGCUACAAGGGCGCGCAGAUCGGCGUGCGGGCAGUCGCGGCUGCUGCGCGGCCGUUGCUCAACGCGCAAGCCGAGUCGGGGUUCCCUGGCGUUGGAGAGGAGUCAUUGGAGGCUCUCCUGAUUAGCAAGGGGAAGGCGUUGCCAGCAGACGCCUCCGCGGCCGACCACCGCAAGACGGACUUGGUUCUGGCUGCGAUUUCGGCGAUCAAGCCAGACUUGACCGACAAGGAGGCGUCUGAAUGCCUGUGUCGGGGGUUCUUGCAAGAGCUGCCCGACGCGUACGCUGACCUCUACGUCCCGCCCGACAUGCUCGGAGAGGUGCUCGUGCCAGGGCAAGCUCAAGCCGUGGAGAAGUACGCCGUGCAGGUGGCGGCGGUGCACGCGGAGAGGGAGCACAUCGUGGCCACCCGCGACAAGCGCGUGCAGAAGUACUUCAGGAGGGCCCCCGCACCGGCGUACAGCCAGACGCAGAGAAAAGGCCCGCGGUGGCUGCCCGAGAAGGACGCCAAGAGCACCGAGCAGAUCACGAAGUGGAUGCUGAAGUGGGUCCCUCGGGGGGGAUCCAUUGACGUGGACGACUAUAAUGGCCGUUGGCGUGCGCUGUACCCGCCGACGAACCAAUGGAAGUCUGUGUCGUGGACGAAGCGGGGCUACGAGUGCGCAGCCUGCGAGGCGAUUUGGUGGACGUGGACGUUCCAUUACGAUUUCACCAAGGAGGCCGCUCCAUUUGACAUGGAAGAACUGGCCAAACGCUUCCGCGAGGCCGCAGACAAGGGGGCCGCGGCCGUCCUCGCGAGCCUCAGCAGGGCGGGCGAGGCGGCCAUCGAGCAGACGGUCGAGGACACGGUGAAGAUCCUGCGUGCCGACCCUGGCCUGCUGUACCACUUGAACGCGCUCCUCCACAACGAGGAGUGGAAGGCGGUCCUCAGGGCGUCUGCCACCUCCAAGCCUGCCGAGAGCGGCGAGAAGCCCGAGCCGGAGCAGCCACAGGGCAAGAGGCUUCGCGCGGGCUUGAAGAAGUUCGAGCACCUGGACAGGCAGAACGGUCUUGUCGACUUCUUGCCCCGCAAGAUGGAGCCCGAGCGCUUCCCGCAAACGCCGCUCGACGGUUGCUGGUACGAGGCUUUCAAGCUGGGCCUGCUCUACCUGGGGCUCAGGGUCGGUCCAGACACCCCGCUCCCGACGAUCACCUACGAGGGCCUGGAGACUUGGGAAGCUUUCGGCACGGCGCUAAGCCAGCACUACACCGCGAAGGGGCGCCCCCUGAGCACCGAGCACACCGACGACGACCUCAAGGACGGCUUUUACAGCGGGGCGAAGGGCGACAGCGAGGACGAGUGGUCGGUCACGUGCCGCCUCGACCACCAGGAGCCGAAGGCGGUCCUCAAGUUCGCCGCCGUGGAGCUUGAGUUUGAUGACCCCUUCAACUACAACACGAGCUUGUCGCUCAAGAAAGACGACGGGCGCUCGUACAAGGUCGAAGACCUCCUGGGCGAGUUCGCAGCGAAGGGCGUCGUGGCUCCAGGCCGCUCGCCGGACUGGACGGGCGCCGCCUUCGCGAAGAAGAGGGAGCCGACCACCCCGAAGCAGCCCGCGGACGGCGGCAAGGGCAAGGCCAAGGGCAACAAGCGGCCCUCCCCUUCGCCGCCGUCGGGGGCGGGGGUGUCCGACGCCCUGCGCAAGCGCCUCGCCACGAGGCUUGGCGGCUGCCAAGCCAAGUGUCUGAGAGUGAUCAUGGGCAUCUCACCAUCCUAUAUCUCGCGGAUCUCGAACGCGGAGGUCCUGCAGAGGGCCGGCGUGCAAUCCGCUUCAGACCAGUUCUACAGACGGCAGCUCGUGUACAUGGGCAAGAUCGCGCGCUCUCCGCCGGAGUCGGCACUGAGAAGGGCGGCUUGCGACAGAC